AUGGCCACGAGGAUACAGAAAAUUACAACUGAGGAAGGGCCACAACUAACCCCUGAAAAAGUUGGUAAAGCAUUUAACUCUUUUUAUCAAGAGCUAUAUAACUUGCCUAACCAACCCAACAAUCCAGAAACAUAUUUUAAAAAUAAAAAGAUGAAACAGCUAUCAGCAGAACAGGUUAAUAGUAUCAACAAACCUUUCACUGAAUUAGAGAUUAAGGAGGCAAUAGAUACGUUAAAAAAGAAUAAAACUCCAGGCCCGGAUGGCUAUCCCAACAUAUUUUAUAAGCAAUUUAAGGAAGAAUUGGCGCUCCAUUUGAAAAAUGUAUUUAAUAAAAUUGUGGAGGAAAAGGUCAUCCCGGAGGAAAUGCUAUACGCAAACAUUAUCCCUAUACAUAAGCCAGAAAAACCACCAGAUCAAGAUUUCGGUCUUUGCCGUUCCUCCUGUACUGUUGUGUCUUGGCUGCCUGGAGUGUUUCCUGUCACCAUAAGAGUAUGGAUUCUCCCUCUGCCUCUGAUAGAUCCCUCUCUAGAAAACAUAGCCCCAGCAAACAAUUGGAUUCUCCAGCAAGGAGAAAAGACCAAUAAAUGCAUUCAUUGUUCAUCACCGGCUCCGCAUGGAAGGAACCUUUGCAGGGAAUGCUUGUCGGAAGCGGCUAAUGUCCCCAGUAGGGGUUCCCCGCAGGACGACCUUAAACUUUGGAUUUCCCAAGCUAUUGCUGAGGGCUUUAAGUCUACCACGGGGUCUGGUGGUCCGAGUAAGAGACGCAGAGCGGAACCUCAGUCUUCCAGCUCUGGAGAAGACCCUGACCUGUGGGAGGUCUCGGAUGAUGGAGAGGAGGAAGUUGAAUAUGCCCCCAGGUCUCUUGACUCGAAGUCUAUCGAUAGACUUAUUACCCUCCUCAGAGACACUCUUAGUCUCACGGAAGAAAAGUCUGAAUUGAGAGAGGCUGACAGGUUUUUUGAGGACUUAAAACCUAAUAGACCAACUUUCCCGGUACAUUCCUCAAUUAGGGACAUGAUCCUUCAAGAAUGGAAUAAACCAGAAAGGAAACCCACCUUGAAAAUCCAGAGUGAGGUCUGGGACGCACGCCAACCUCACGAAUAG